AUGAUGAAAACUCGCAGAAAAAGCAAGGCCGCAGCCGCGGCGGUCGUCGAGUCUGCGACGCGGGAGAACUCUCCAGCACCUCCCACCACCCUUUCUGUCAACAUUCCCGAGGACAUCGACCUCGACCACUUGUCUAGCUUGCUCCCCGACGUGAACCUCUCUACCCCCUCUCCAGAGUCGCUUGUGCUACUGUACAGAGUGCUUCUUUCUCAUGCCACAGACUCAGAAAGUGCCCAAAGGGAGCUCGAGGAGGCGCGUGCGGACAUUCAGCGCAAGGAUGUGGAAUUGGACCAGGCGCUGCAGGAUCGCGAGACCGCGACCUCAGAGCUGGAAUCGAGCGCGGAGACUUUGCAGAAGGAACUUGCUCAGGUUAAGGAAGAGAGGGACUCUCUAGCCGCGGAACGUGCUAGGCUGCAAGAACGACUCGAUGCCGUGUCAAAUACUCAGACGUCGUCUUCUGCUGAGGUUGUGACCUUGAAACAACGCGUCGAGGAGACAGAACGCGAGAAGCGCGACCUGAUGGGUGUCGUCAGUAGGCUGCAGGAGGAUGCGGCGCAGCGCGACACCGAGAUCCAGACGCUUCGUGCAGACCUCAAGCAGGCACGUCAAGACCAGCAGGGCCUCGAACGUAAGGUUCGGGAGCUUAGUUCUUCAGAAGCAUCCACGAAGUUUAAACUCGACUCUCUGACUCAACAACUGGAACUUGCGCGAGGCGAGGCAGAGCGCACCGCCGCCGAGCUCGCCACCAAGACCGAGGAAUUCGCCAAAUACCGUCGCACGAAGCAUGCGGAGCUCGCACAACUCCAGGCUGCUCAUGAUUCCCUCGCUCAGAAUCAUGCGUCUACUGAGAGCACGCUGAAAGCUCUUCAGUCGGCACACACGGCCCAGUCUCACCAACUCACGCAAGCCUUGACCCGCGUCCAAGACCUCAAGGGCCAACUGGCCGAACAGGAAGCGACGUACUCCAGCGAAGCGGCAGGCCUCCGUCGCCUUAUCCAGAUGAUGGAGGAACGCGAGAAGCAGACGAAGGAGAUCGUGGACGGUCUCGAGAACGACUUUGCCGGCAUCGGUGACAAGGCAGAGAGGCGGGAGGCCGUGUUGCGAGAGGAGAUCGAGAACCAGAGGCAACGGGCGGAGGAUGCAGAGAAGAGGGUUGAGGAGCUCCAAGCGGUACUGGACAGGCUAGACCGUGGGGAGUUCCCUAUCCCGUCCUUCGCUUCCCCUGGGGGUCCUGCAACCCCUGCGCGCGGGCUAUCCACUCCCGUGCGCAACGGAGGGACUCCCUCGGAUAUCCUUACGCAAGGCAUGCUUGGACUCAGUCCCACCGUGGCCAUGGCCAGCCGUGCUCAGAGAGGCGGCAAGUCGUUCACGGAGGUAUACUCGGAUUACAUCAAGCUCCAAGAAGACUUCACCCGAAAGUGCGCAGAGUACGAUCACAUGGAUCGGACUCUGUCUGCUGUACUUGCUCAGAUUGAAGAGAGGGCACCAAUCCUCUCUCAGCAACGUUCCGAGUACGAGCGGCUGCAGUCAGAAGCUUCACAGUUGGCUUCUCAGCUUGCGCAGGCACUCUCCGAACGCGACUCUCUCGCCACGACAGCCGAAGAGAACGCUCAGAAGCUUUCGAAGAGCACGCGGGAGAACGAGCUCCUGGAGAAGCAACUUCAGGACCUUGGUCGUCAGCUUCGGACACUCCUCAAGGAACUCGGUCGCCACCAAGACCCCUCAAUACCAUCUGACGAAGAACUGGAACACGACCAGGCGACGCGUCCGGCCGAGAACAUCGAGGCCGUGAUCACCAACAACCUUGUUCUCUUCCGCUCAAUACCCCAGCUCCAGGAGCAGAACCAGAAGCUGCUGAAGAUCGUCCGCGAACUCGGCUCGAAGCUAGAGUCGGAGGAGAAGGAGUACAAGGAUGCGUUGGAGCGCGAGCAGGGCGAGGCCGUCCGCGAGGCGCACGAGGCGAUCAAGCAACUCCAGGAACAGCUCGAGAGCCACAAGCGCAGCAGCGAGGUGACCAUCCAGUCCUACGCGAAGGAGCGGGACACCCUGCGCAGCUUGCUUUCGAGGCAGCAGCAGUCUGGCGGCGCCGUGGCACGCAUCACCAAUGGUCAAGUCAACGGUGCUUUGCAAUUGCAGUCUGCUGAGGGUUCUUCUGAUGCGUCGAAGGAGCUCGAGGAGAUGCAGAAGCAAUUCGAGACCUAUCGCACUGAAAUGGGUAUCGACUCGACUCGCCUACGCGAUGAGGCUCUUGCAGCACAACGAGAGGCUACGCGGCUGGGGACUGCACUCGCGAAGGCCAAUGCUCAGAUUGAGGUCCUCACAGAGCGUCAACGUAUGGUUCAGGAACAGAUCAUCAUCCAGAGGCGGGAGAGCGAAGAUUUGCAGAAGCGGAACCAGCACCUCUACGACCAGUACACGCGCAUCGACAUUGAGUGCAACCGCAUGUCUGAAGACCUCAUCGCGAGCAAUAGUGUCUUGGAGCAAUUCCGCAACGAGUGCGCCAACUUGCGCGCAGAGAAGAAGAUCUGGGAGAGCGUACAAGGCCGCCUUGUGGAAGAGAAUAAGACCCUAGCCACUGAGCGUUCCCACCUUGCCGACCUGAUGGCCAACGUCCAGCGGAUGCACAACGAUCUUGAGCGUUCAGGCGAGAACGAUCGUCGCCGCAUGGACAGCCAGAUCAAGCUGCUCGAUGACCAAAACCAAGACUUGCGCACUCAGCUUACUCAAGAACGGGAGUCUGUGCGCCGUAUCACCUUGCAGCGGGAACUCGACCUGAAAGAGCUCCAGAACAAGCUGGACAAGGCUUCUCAGGACCUUAGCAAGACGCGUGAAUCGCUCAUCGCUGCUGAGACCAGCAAGAAACACCUCGAAGACCGCGUUGAGCAGUUCACGAGGCAGCUCCAAGGGAACGAGGAGAAGCUCGCCGUUUACGAGCGGAGAGCCAGCGGUGUCAACGGAAUCGCACCCCGCACCGACGAUGAUUUGUCGCGUGAGCAACAGCUCGAAGCCGAGGUAGCGGAGUUGCGGUCUGCCCUGAAGGUUGCUGAGGUCGACCUUUCCUCCGCGAGGAGUCACGUGCAGCAGUUCCGGGAGAUCAGUGAGGCUAACGAAGCUGCGCUGGCCAACCUCAACGCCACCCACGACGAGUAUCGGGCUGCAACCGAGGCCGAACUCACGAGACGCCAGUCCGAGGUUGAGGCUCUUCAAGAGAAACUCGGUGCGGCUGAGGAGCGCCUUGCCCAGGUCACUCAGGCAAACACCGAGCUUCAGCAGAAGUUCGACACCGAGCGUCUCGCAUGGGCCGAUGACAAGAGGACUCUCGAGGACACGAUUGUGGACAUAAGCACUUCUGCGCAGCACAUACAGACCGAUCGUUCUACUUGGGAAGUCGAGAUCCACCAGCAGGAAGAGCGCGCCAAGGCCGCGGAGGAGCGCUACUCAAGAGAGGUCCUGUCGCACGCGGAGUCGAUCAAGAGUGUCGAGGACCUGAAGAAGCAGCUGUCGACGUCUCAAGCCGCUGCUAGGGAGGGUCGCGCUGCGGCUGAGACCGCCCAGGCCAAACUCGCAACCUCAGAAGCGAGUUGGCAACAACAGCGGGAAGCACUCGACAAGGAGAUCGCUGAUCUCAAAGCCAGGUGUAAGGACCUCAGUGAUCAGAAUGGUCUUCUGCACCAGCACCUUGAAACCGUCAGCACUCAUGCAGCGCGUAUCAAGCAAGCUGCAACUUCGUCUACCGACGACUCUGGCGAACCUGAGGCUUCCGACGACGCAGACACCAAGCUCACGGAACUUCGGUCUUUGGUAACCUAUCUGCGGAAAGAGAAGGAGAUCAUCGAACUUCAGCUCGAGCUCAGCAAGCAGGAGAACACGCGUCUGAAGACUCAAAUCGACCACCUGUCGCAGAACCUUGACGAAUCCCGCAGAGCUCUCUCAGAGGAGCGGGAACGUGCUGUCCAAUCCGCUGCGUCUGACGCUCAGCACAGCCAGCUUGCGGAGAAGAUCAACCAAGUGUCGAUCCUUCGGGAGAGCAAUGCUACUCUCCGCAGCGACUGCGACUCGUACGCGAAGCGCGCCCGCCAGCUCGAGGUUGAACUUCGUCAAGUAUCGUCCGAGCUGGAGCCUACGAAGGAGCAGCUCCGUGUUGCGCAAGCCGAGAUUGAAGCGAAGGAGCAACAGAUCAAGCUUCUUGAGAACGAGAGCCGGCGCUGGCAAGAACGCAACACACAACUUCUGACGAAGUACGACCGCAUCGAUCCUGCCGAGAUGCAAUCCCUCAAGGACGAAAUCACCCAGCUGCAGGCCAAGAAUGCUGAGUUGUUGGCGACAAUCGAGUCUCAGAAAGGGGAGAUUGCAGCUCACGAGCAAAGGAUCCACGUGCUUGAGGAGGCUCAUGUGAAGCUCAAGACACUGAACAAAGAAAACAACCAGAAGGCCAAGACCCGCUUUGAGCGCGAAGGCGCUGAGAUCCAGCGACUUAACGCUCUUACGACGGAGCUACAAGCACGGGUAGAAUCUCUGACCCAGGAGCUUGACGAAGCCAAUGCGCAUUCCGAAGAGGCUGCUGCAAGCGGCGCCCCAGUCGACCCCGAGCUAGCCAAGGAGUUGGAGGCGCUUCGCACGGAGAAGGCGAACCUCGAACACCUACUUGCUCAGGAGAAGGCAGCUCAUCUAGUUGUAUCUUCGCAAGUCGGCGAACUGCAACUGCGUGCAGAGCGAGAUCGUCUCCUUUCCGAGAAGGCUGAGGGGUCUGCAGAAGCGGGAGAAAUCCCUGCCGAUGUCGCUGCCGCUCAGAGCCAGUGGGAGGCAGAGAAAGCGGCGCUCGUGCAGGCCCGUGAGGAUGCGGCCGCCCGUGCUGAGGUUUGUCCACCUCCAUUUCCUAAGGCAAACGAAGAGAUCAGCAACAUUCGCCUCGCUGGGGAGAAGUACCAAGAGCGCAUCGCAGGUCUUUCCAAGGCCCGCAUGGCAGAUAACGAGCGUGCGGCACAGGCACAACGUGCCGCCGUGGCUGAAGCGGUCGAGAAGCUGCGCACAGAACUGAGUGCCUCUACCUCAUCUGCAGCCUCCGCGGACAUCAUCGCUAAGCAUGCGGAAGAGCUGCGCGCGUUGGAGGAGCGCCUCGUCAAGAAGCACGAAGAGGAGCUCAAGGCAGCCGUCGAAGCCGCUGUGAAGACGGCAGGCGCCGCGGCCGUCCCUGCAGACGCACAGUCAGCGAUCGACGCCGCCAUCGCAGCGCACAAGAAGGAGCUCGAGGAGACCCAUUCCAAGGAGAUCGCCGAUGCCGUCGAGCGGGGCCGCAAAGAGGCCGCCGCACGCUCCAAGCUCAAGGACCAGCAGCUCGUCAGAGCGCAAGCGAAGGUCAAGGAGCUCGAGGCCAAGAUCCUGCAGAUCGAAGGCAACGCCCCCGGUGCCGCCCCUGCGACUGCUCCGCCCACACCGACCAUCGCUGCGCCCCCAGCAGAAAGCUCUGCCGCUGCAUCCACGUCGACCGCACCUGCCCCCGUCUCUGCUCCCCCCGCCGCUACCGCUGGUCCCGGGAAAGCCGGUCUCCCAGCUAGGCCAGGAGGUGCAAGCGCACCCCGAGGACGCGGCCGCGGCGUUCCCCCAGCUCGAGGCCUCAGCAUCCGAGGCGCCGCCCCAGGCGGUGGCCGCGGUGCUGCAGUAGCUGCUGCGGGGGCCGCACCAAACGCCGGUGCUGCCAAUGCUGCGAAACGCGCCCGCGACGGCGACGCCCCAGAAGACGACGCAGCCGCAAAGCGUCUGAAGCAGGGCGAGGGUAGCAAACCGCCCGUGCAGCUCCGUCGAGAUCGCGUACUGCCUCCAUCAUAA